GCCUUGCGACUGCCGCAGCUGCUCCGCCGGGUGCCGAUUCAUGGCAGCGGUGGCGACGAUGAUGGCCGCGUCCGGAGGGCCGGUGUUGAACGGGGCGGACGCGGGCGCCGCCGGGCUGAAGGAGGCGGCGGGCAUGUACGAGCAGCUGCGGGCCGAGUGGAACCGCAAGAACCUCAACCUGAGCAAGUGCGGCGACUUGCUGGGCCGCCUCAAGCUGGCUCUGCUAGAACUCAACUUUCUGCCCACCACAGGCACAAAACUGACUAAACAGCAGCUCAUUUUGGCAAGAGACAUCCUAGAAAUUGGGGCCCAGUGGAGUAUCCUGAAGAAAGACAUCCCGUCCUUCGAGAGAUACAUGGCCCAGCUCAAGUGCUACUACUUUGAUUACAAAGACGAGUUGCCAGAGUCGGCUUAUAAGCACCAGCUGCUGGGCUUGAACCUUCUCUUCCUGCUGUCCCAGAACCGCGUUGCAGAGUUCCACACUGAGCUCGAAAGGCUGCCGGCGAAGGAAAUUCAGACCAACGUCUACAUCAAGCACCCUGUGUCUCUGGAGCAGUACCUGAUGGAAGGCAGCUACAACAAAGUCUUCCUGGCAAAAGGCAACAUCCCUGCAGAGAGCUACGCUUUCUUCAUCGACAUCUUAUUGGAUACAGUCAGGGACGAAAUCGCCAGCUGCAUUGAGAAGGCCUACGAGAAGAUCCUGCUUAACGAAGCCACGCGCAUGCUCUUCUUCACCCCCAAGAAGAUGACCGACUAUGCCAAGAAGCGUGGUUGGAUUCUAGGCUCGAACAACCACUACUGUUUCACAGGCCAGCAGCAGAAGCCAGAAGACGCCACCAUCCCCUCGACGGAGCUAGCCAAACAAGUGAUCGAAUACGCUCAGCAGCUGGAGAUGAUCGUCUAGCGGGCCGGGACUGUAGGCAGCUGCUUUCCCUCAUUUUCGUCUUUUUACUCCAGUUUCCAUCCAGCUGGUAGUCUUUUUACUUAUAUGAAAAGGGUGGGAGUCUGUUCUUUUGUCUAUUUCUCCUGGGUUGCCAGAGUAAACACUGUAAGGUGGACCCUAUCCCCGUGUCGUUAACAGUUACGUUCUUUGUUAGUCCCAGGUGGAAAGCCGUUCUGGAUCCAGAAGGGAGACUGGUUGAUCUUGAGCUUCUCUGGCCUCAAAAGUGGUGGGAACUCCCUUUUAUAGGGGAGUCCGUAGGUGUCAUGCACCGGCCUAACUUCGUUAACGUUCAGAAAUAAUUGCAGGAGCUUCUGGUUUCACUGGAAACAGAUUCUCUCUGCUUCCUGGUCAGCACAGGCUUAAACAGGCCUGCCAGAGUUACGAUCAGACAUUUUGGGGUUGUUUUUUUUAUUGUUAUUAUUUGGUUCCUUGCUGUCCUCUUUUUGUGCAAGCCACUUAAAGGGAUGGAUGUAGGUAAAAUAAACACAAUUUCUUCUACAAA